AUGGCCACCCCCAGCCUCAUCUCCAUCAACAAGCUCGCCAACACCCGAGUCUUGAUAAUCGGUGGCACCUCCGGCAUCGGCUUCGCCGUUGCCCGUGCAGCCCUGGAACACGGCGCCAGCAUCAUCAUAUCCAGCUCAAACCCCCAGAAAGUGUCAUUUACUACUUCUCGUCUCCAAGCCCUCUACCCCAACAAGGUCUACACCGACCGCAUCACUGGCAAAUCCUGCGACCUAGGCGAUCAAGCCACUCUAGAAAAGAACCUUCUUGACCUUCUCGACUACGCUACAUCAUGUUCUCUCUCUCCUGAUGCUGCGUCUCCCACCAGAAAUAGUGAUAGCACUGAACGAGUUUUGCUGAACCAUAUAAUCUACACGGCCGGCACCCCGCCCCCGCGGAUCCCCAUCUCCUCUCCCGAGAUCAGCGCAUCCAGUUUCGCAGCCUUGAGCACCCUCCGGCUACUUGUCCCGAUGUUACUGGGCAAACUUGCGAGGAAAUACUUGGUUGAUCAUCAUACCUCCUCAAUAACGUUUACCUCGGGCUUAAUGGCCGCAAGACCAGCGGCGGGGCUGGCAGUUGGUGGUGCGGCAGUGGGAUCAGCGCUUGAGGGCUUGACUAGGGGAUUGGCGGUGGAGUUGGCACCCAUCAGGGUGAAUGUAGUUGCCCCAGGUGCUGUUGAGACGGAGGUCUUCGAGAGACUGGGCCCUGCGAGGGAAGCAUAUCUAGAAGCGUUUAGAAAGGGAACGUUGACGGGGGAAGUGGGGAGGCCGGAGGAUGUUGCAGAGGCGUAUGUUUGGUGUAUGAAAGAUGGUUUUGUAACAGGGAAAAGAGUAGAGAGUGACGGGGGCGCAUUGUUAAAGGGGGCAUAG